AUGUCAUUUUACAUGUUUCAAAUGUGGUUCUCCUCCUAUUGGUCAUUAUUGAUCAUUUUUAUUGGCUUGAUUGUUGCUUACGAGGUGAUAGUGCUCGCCUACCAGUUGGUGUGCAACUGGCGCAAGGAAAGCAAGGAGGAGGUGCUCCUAUUCAAUGAGCUGGGUGGCCAAUGUGCCAAAGAACACAUUAAGGCAAGCCUAAAGGGUCAAGUAUUCCAUUGUUCAAAUAAAUAUUGCACUCACGUUCACGUCAAUCGUAUUAUCGACCAUUUGAACAACGCCAAAUUCAGCAUUGACCUAGCCAUGUAUACCCUCGGCUCUAUUGAAAUAACUAACGCUUUGAAGAACGCCUUGCUCCGCAAUGUUGCCGUACGUAUCAUAGUCAGUCAACGCCGCGAAGCAUUCAACUAUUUGCUCCUGGAUCUCAUGGAUUGGGGUGCCCAAGUACGUAGCCAGAGUUCCAUUAACUUUAUGCAACACCGCUUCUGUGUGAUCGAUGAGCAAGGCCGUGUCGAUCGUCUUUGGUAUAAGAAAAACAUUAACGGACCAAAAAGCAACAGCGUGUUCAUGAAUGGCUCCCUCAACUGGACUGAUAGCGGCACCGGUGGCAACUGGGAAAAUGUCAUCAUCACCACCAAUGAACAACUGGCCAAAGCAUUCCAAGCAGAAUUCGAUCGCAUGUGGAAGGUGUUCUCCACUC